UUCAUUUUUAUUGUAAUUAAAAGAUAAAAUUGGGAAGCAUGUGAAUUGUAGCAGACUACAGCAAUGAAUAUAUUACUGUUGCUUGCAUUACGUUAUUAAACAGUGUUGAGUUUUCUAAAAUAUAAAGAAAAUAAACUUGUAAUAUGCUGUAUUUAAAGUGAUAAGAAAUUUUUUUUUUAAUGCUUUGACGUUAUUUAAAGCGUGAAUCUUUCAAAUAAUAAUGACGUUAUACUGGGGUCGAUUGUUAGUGCAAAAUGUAUCAAAAAGAGGUUUUCACUCGUCCAAGUGCAGACCUAUGUUUCAUGAAUUUCCUGACAAAGAUGGUCAACAAAUAAAAUCGAAAGAAGAGAGAGAAUGGGAAAAAUGGUCACUCAAAAGAAAAUUACUUUUGGAAUUUAAUCUAUUCAAAGAAGGAAUAAAGGAAACUUAUCGAAACUAUAUCAGUGAAUUCAAGAGAGGUCCAAUGAUAGUUGUACAUCCUCAUGAAGUAGAUGUCCUUAUGCGUUUUACAGGACAGCCCGAGGAUAAAGACAAAUGGAUUGUAACUGUUGAUCAAGAUCAUGAAAUGGGAUAUUCCUCUGCUAAUUUAGACAUAACUCGUGAUUCAAAAGGUAUGUUUCAUGGCUUUCUCGAUACAAAAAUACCCAAAGAUGGAAAAAUGACCAGAUCAGGUUUUGUCAAUUUACGACUUGUUCCACCUAUGAGUCCUUUUAAACAGAAAAUAUACUAUAAUUGGGAACUUUAUACUCAUAUUGUUCUACGUAUUAGAGGAGAUGGCAGGGUUUAUUCUGUUAACUUGCAUUUAGAAACUCCAGAAGAUCUUACCAUGUAUGACACGUACCAUUAUUUUAUAUGGACAAGAGGUGGGCCAUAUUGGCAACACAUAAGAAUACCAUUUUCCAAAUUUUUCAUGGCAUACAAGGGAAGGCUUCAAACGUCAACAACACCUUUGAAACAAAAUUCAAUUGGUUCAUUUAGCUUGACUUUAGCAGAUAAAAUCACUGGACCUUUCUGUUUAGAAAUUGAUUAUGUUGGUGUUGAGUAUGAUCCAAGUCACAUAGAAGAAACAGCUUAUGAGCAAUACCAAUCUGAAUUAAAAAUUUACUAAGUUUAAAAAUUGUUAACAGUUGAACUAUUGUAAAUAAAUAUUGAUA